CGCGCUCAGUCAUGGCGGCGCCUCUGAGGCUUUUGGUGCUGGGCGUCCUGGCCGCGCUGCUCGGCUGGGACGGCUCCGGCGUCGGCGGGCAAAAGAGGAAAGAGAUGGUGCUUUCAGAAAAAGUGAGCCAGUUGAUGGAAUGGACUAGUAAAAGAUCAGUCAUCCGACUGAAUGGUGACAAAUUUCGUCGUCUUAUAAAGGCACCUCCAAGAAACUACUCCGUGAUUGUUAUGUUUACUGCUCUUCAGCCUCACAGACAAUGUGUUGUGUGCAAGCAAGCUGAUGAAGAGUACCAAAUACUGGCAAAUUCUUGGCGAUACUCAAGUUCAUUCACCAACAGGAUCUUUUUUGCCAUGGUUGAUUUUGAUGAAGGUUCUGAUGUAUUCCAAAUGCUAAACAUGAACUCUGCUCCAACGUUCAUUAAUUUCCCACCGAAAGGGAAACCCAAAAGAGGUGACACUUAUGAACUGCAAGUACGAGGUUUCGCUGCUGAACAGCUCGCCCGCUGGGUAGCCGAUAGGACCGAUGUUAAUAUUCGAGUGAUACGGCCUCCGAACUACGCUGGGCCCUUGAUGUUGGGGCUGCUGUUGGCUGUUAUUGGUGGUCUUGUGUACUUAAGGAGAAGCAACCUGGAUUUUCUUUAUAACAAAACAGGCUGGGCUUUUGCUGCUCUGUGUUUUGUUCUAGCAAUGACAUCAGGACAAAUGUGGAAUCACAUUAGGGGGCCUCCGUAUGCUCAUAAGAAUCCUCAUACAGGACAAGUGAACUAUAUCCAUGGGAGCAGCCAGGCUCAAUUUGUUGCUGAAACGCACAUUGUUCUGUUGUUCAAUGCUGGCGUUACUCUUGGGAUAGUGCUCCUGCAUGAAGCUGCUACUUCUGACCUGGAAGUGGGGAAGAGAAAAAUAAUGUGUAUGGCCGGCAUCGGCUUAGUGGUCCUGUUCUUCAGCUGGCUGCUCUCCAUAUUUAGAUCUAAAUACCAUGGCUAUCCAUACAGCUUCCUAAUGAGUUAAAGAGUUGCAGCUCUGCUGUUCGCAUGGAGCGGGACAGAGGCAUUCAAUAUGUGGAUCAUGCUACCUCUAUGUCAAAGGAAUGGAAUUGUUGCACACCAAGCCAAAGAUAUAGAGUGCCUUGACGAAACAAGCUAUUUGCCCUAAAAUUCCUGGGAGGUAUUACAACACCUUCACCUCCUCCAUUUACUGCACGCCUUGGGUAUUUUGGAAUUUGUUGUUCCUCCUAAUUAGUUAAAAGAAUCUAAACAUUAAUUCUCGGGCCCCCAUCCAAAGACCCUCCAUAGGCACAUCCUGAUAUCCACACCGCCACUUGCAGCCCCAAGCAUCACAGGAACUUUCAAAAAUUCCUUGGGGAUUCAGGAAUGGUUUGUUCGACGGUACAGAGGGCUGCUAACCGGACAGUGUGUGCAUGAGACAGGCAGUGCAACCCUUUGGACUGUGACUUCAGUUGUUCAGUGACACUGCCAUAUUUCAAGCACCCACGAGGACUUUACUUUUCAGCCAGAUUUUCUUUGCUCUAUUGCAGGGAACCUUUUUCAGACUCACCCAGUAUAUCUCUCACUGAAAGGGAAGAUGGUCAGAUUGUAGACAUUCUGAUUCAAGUGCAAGCACUGAGGUUUUUACCUAGGUUUUUGUGCAGCAGAUUAGAAUGCAAAGCCACUGGAAGGAUUUAGGGAAGAGAAGGGUUGAUGGUGAACUCCCCUUAAAAACAUUUAAACCAGGGGUGCCUUUCCUCAGGGUCACAUCAGGUGUUUUGCUGUGGUGGCAGGGGCCACACAUACAUGGGUGUCUAUUCACAUACAACUCUCCCAUUCACUCUCAGACAGCCUUCUCUCUCUUCUGUCUCUCUCAUGUGUGCGCGCACACAAACACAUUCACAAACACACGCAAGAUCUUGGUCUUGUAGCAACAGCAUCAGGGUAUUGAAACCCUUCCCAGUCCCAGCCAGCCCAAUGCAAUCACCAAAAAUGGGGAAUGCUGAAGAAACUGAGUAGGCGCUAUGUUCCUCGAGUGCCCCAGCAGGAACCUUCAACCACUACUUCCUGGGACGCAGUAAAGGAAGCAAUGGUUGAAGCAGGAAUCAUAGAGACUAUUCCUAGAACAUUCCCCCCCCCUUUUCCCUGUUUGUUUGGGUGCAGUAGAUGCUAAGCACCUGGGGACCAGCUGAUUUAAACCAAUGUCAGAGGAUGACUUCCAUAAGUUUUUUUUCCUCUUAAGUGUGGGAAAAUCUUUGAAUAAUACUGGAAUUUUAUGAGGUUAUUUCUGUUGGCAUUCGCUUGGUUGCUUACCUGAGAGAGAGAGCUUCUUUAAUAGUGUAUUAUUCUCGUAGUUCAUGAUUAGCAGUAUCUGAUAACAAAACUACUGUGUGAGCUCCUCCCUAUAAAGGAGCCUCCUUACAGUUUGGCGUUGCAAAAUAGAUGGGCCUGAUCCCUGGUUGCUUGUGCUUUUCACGUUUGCCUGCCCAUCAAGAAUGGUGCCAAUUGCCUGUUGUCAGGGUCAGUCUUCCACCACAUCCCCCAAACAAGGGACUGGUGCUAUUAAAGCUGUUUGCAUCGCUAACGUAUUAGGAAAUUGUGAAUCCCAGGCAUGAUCUGGAGUGCAGUCCAAACCUGAGUGCUAAUAGGGUGUGGGAUUGGGUUGGUUUACCCUUCACAGGACCCUUCGAUGCAUUUGGGACCCAAAUCAAAGGCCAUGGGACCCUGCCCCUGGCGGUAGAUUGUCCUUUAUGGGGUUGUAAUACUUCUUACCUCUAAAUGCAGAAGAAAUGUGUGGGAUGGAAGAGGUGCUUUUAUUUUGAGAUGGUAAACUUUAGAAGAGUGGUUGUCUUUAGGGCUGUGCUCCGCUUCUCUUAGGAUUGGAGAAGCAGAAGCAGAUCAGGCUGCUUCACCUCCCCUUAAGGUGGAGGCGAAGAGGAUCGAGGGGGCAGCGGAGCGGAUCGAGGUGAAGGCGGAUCCUUCGCCUCGAUCCGGAACUCCGCAAAAAAGGUAAGCAGGCCUUACCUGGUGCUGCUGCCGCCCGUGCAGCGACAGCGGCAGAGCCAGGUAAGCGGGGAGGGGAGGUCUUAUCUGGUCUGUCGCGGCCCGUCGCUGGCUUCACUAGAGCCCAUGGGCUCAACCCGGAAGUGUAGGCUGGGGGGCAGUUCUGAGUUGAGCUGCGGACUCUAGUGAAGCCAGUGACAGACCAGGUAAGUGGUGUGCA